UCAACAUCGGAACAAAGCGCUCGCUUCGCUUGUUCGCUUUUUUAGUGGCGACGCGGAUCAAUUCCUAUAAAAAUCCGUUCCGAAUCGAAUACCUUCCGUUCCCAAAAGUUCCCGUCAUCAUGGAAGACAAGAUCGGUUGCUUAGAGCAGGUGCUGCAGGACUUCCACACAAAAGGAAACCACAUUCGGCUGAUCAGCCAGGAGCCGGAGCGACUGGACGAUGGUGGGUUCGUACGAAUUUGUAAGUCCAGCGAAAGCAUUGGAGUUGGAGAGCUUCCUGCGGGUCUGGAACCGUUGCUGGAACGUCUGUUGGCCACGGCCAGCAGUGCUGGUGAUGGUGACGGCAGCCAGGGACAAGUGCUUCCCGACGUGAUGGAAGAGAGGGGCUCGAUACUGAAGGAGAUCGUAGAGGAAGUCCUGGAACGAAUCGACGAAUUCAGUUCUCUGGAACAGUACAUAUGGCUGGUGAAGUUUUCCUGUGGAUUAUGUUUAUUGAAGAAUCUUCCCGUUGGAAUGAGCUUUGAGAUUAACAAAGUGAUUCGUUCCGUCGCCAGUUUGGAGACGGAAGAGUACGAGCAUUGUCCAGUUACGAUCCACACCAUCAGCAAGAGCUUAUUCGAGGACAUCCCCCUGGAAGGCAUGAAUCUGGUGCACGUAAUCAAAAAACUUACCGUACUUAAUCAGAAGCUCUUCUACUACGUUUCGAUCACGCUGGUCUUCGCCGGAAUCCAGCAUUACAGUCAGUCCUCAGGCGGUGAAUCCGUUCCCAUGUACCGCCUGUUCGGGUUCGACGAUGUCCUCUCCCAGCUCGGUGCGCUCAAGCUGGAGCACAUCAAGCAGGAACGCGAUAUGCGGGUGUUUUUCCUGAUACUGAAGCUGCUUUCCGCGUAUCAGAAUGCCGCCAUCCUGAGGCACAGUCUCUGUCGCUGGGAGGACUUACAGGAACAGCACAAGGAUUUUGCCGAGUUUUUCCGGAUAAGCAUCGACCAGAAGAAAGCGUUCAUUCAGUGGCUGCUGAAGGCACGGAAUUUUGUAGCCAACUUGAACUCUAAAUCCGGAAUGCAGGACAUCGGGCUGAAGGAGGAUUUGAUGCUGGUGACGGAAUUGAUUGAUCUUGACAUGAUAGCCCUCAUGGAGGACGAUAUCGAAGAAGCAUCCCAGUGAGGGACUGGUGCAUUUUUAACCUAAACCUAGUAUUAAACAUAUACCUACCUAGUAAAUACUCGUUCGCAUAGUUAGUUUUUCAGCGCAACAUGACGUGCAUUUUUCAAAACGCAGAAAAUUGUGAUAUUUAUCCACAUUGAGUUGACGGCGGUGGUGCUGCUCAAUCCGAUAGAUUAGUUAUUUUGGAUAGAAAUACAGUGUAGAAUGUGUAUAAUGACAGAAUUAAAUAUAACAAAUAGCUAAACUUUCGCUAAC